CGGGGUCGAGCCCGGCAAGCGGUCGGAAUGUGUCUGCUGCUGGGAGCCACGGGUGUGGGGAAGACGCUUUUGGUGAAACGAUUGCAGAAGUUGAGCUCUCAGGAUGGGAAAGGCGACCUGGGCGAUCCUCCCGCGACGCGGCCCACGGUGGGCACCAACCUAACGGACAUCCUGGCCCACAGAAAGAUCACCAUCCGGGAGCUGGGGGGGUGCAUGGGCCCCAUCUGGUCCAGUUACUACGGAAACUGCCGUUCUCUCCUGUUCAUGAUGGACGCCUCCAACCCCACUCAGCUCUCUGCGUCCUGCGUGCAGCUCCUGGGCCUCCUUUCUGCGGAACCGCUAGCAGAAGCAUCGGUCCUGAUACUCUUCAAUAAAACUGACCUGCCCUGUUACAUGACCACAGAGGAGAUGAAGUCGUUAAUCAGGCUCCCAGACAUCAUUGCUUGUGCCAAGCAGAGCAUCACCAUGGCAGAAAUUAGUGCCUGGAAAGGCACUGGCCUGGCAGGGGUGCUGCGUUGGCUCCAGGACACCCACAGAACCAGCAGUUGACUUCUGGGUGGGGAAUGUGGCUGGACAGCUCAGUGGCGGGAGGCAGAGGAUGGCAUCGCUUGGCCUCCGGCGGUUUUUUCUUAUAAAGACAGGGUGACCCGUUGUAAACCUGCAAGGUGGACUCCUGUGCUGAGUUGCAGUGAUGGGUAAACUGAGGCACCCAGGUUACAGAAACAGCUGACCGCUGAAUGAAAAGACUUGUCUGAGCUGGGAAAGCAGGACCGGCUGCCAGAUCUCUGGUCCUCCUGAGCACCCAGGGAAGCUUGGAGGUUUGGGGUUCCCUCAGGUAGUGAGAGCCCCGAUGGAGCUCGUCACCAGGCCCUCAGGGCCACAAGUCCCGUGUCCCGCCGCUGCCGCGUCCUUUCAUUUCAGCAGAGGGAGCUUGCAGAGCACCUGUUGAUGGAUGGAUGUGUCCUAGGGCCGCUUAACAAGUCACCACGGACUGUGGCUUAAAACAACACGUUUACAGUCACAGCUCUGAAGGCCAGAAGUCGGAAAUCAAGGUUUCAGGGGGGUGACACCUUCUGGAGGCUCUGAGAGAAUCCAUCCCUCACCUCUCUUCUAGUGGCCUCGGGUAAUUCUUAGUCUCUCGGACUUGUAGCUGGCACAACUUCCUAUAAGGACACCUGUCAUUGGACUUAAGGCCCACCUAUAAUAAAUCCAGGGUGAUCUCAUCCUGAGAUCUGUAAUUACAUCUGCAAAGACCCUUUUCCCAAACAAGAUCACAUUUGCAUGUUCCGGGGGUUAUGUCUUAGAUGUAUGUUUUUGGGGCCACUGUUUAACUCACUACACUCUGUUAAGAAACCCUGAUCCUGAGUGUGGUGGUGAGUUCUCUCCGAAUAGCUCUCUCCAUCUCAGCUGGCAGUUUAGGCUCCUGGGGCACGUGCUGCCUCCCGUCUGUGGAGCAGCAGGCUCCACACAGUUGCCAUUCGGCCACUUUGCUGUGUGUGGGGAGAUUUGUUCAUGUGGGGGGUUGUAAACAAAAAAUGACAAUAUAUCUUGAACAGAGCAGCAACAAUGUCCCGGAAGUUCUCUGCAUAUUCCGCAGGGCAACACGGGCUCAGAUGGUCACUUCCCGUUAGGAGAGAGGCCCUGCGCAUGCCUUUGGGAAGGUCUGUGCCUGGCUGGCUCUGCGGUGCAUGGCUGGUACCACUGCUGAGUGCCACCUUCUCAGACACGCCCAGUGAAUCGUCUCCACUUAUGCCACUGAAUAGCCCUAGACAUGGCCGAUCACCCCAAAGGGCUUUCAGACACCCCCAAUUUCAGGGGACAUCCUCUGAGCAAAGCCUGGAGAGACGCAUUAAGUGUUAAAAUCGCUCUGAAGCUGUAACCCGUCAGUUCUUCCACUGAUGGUUUAGGAAUCCCAGAAAGGGGCUUAGCACUAGGCCUGAGCUCUGUCUGGUACCUGCCCUUGAAGCCAGCAGGCAGGAAGGCCCCCCUUUACUAUAAACUUCUGAAUUACAUAAACCAUGUUUUACAUAUUCAAAAACAAAACAAAGGAAAACUUAAAAGCCUGAAAACAAAAAAAUCUUCACUGUAUAUCGUUGGUACGACAACCAGAGAGAAAACCUCUUAAGGUGACAUUUGAACACAGUUGGCCUUUAGUUGGGAUAGGAACAAAAAGAACUGAAACCUUAAAUGUCAGUAUAUACGUCUACUAUAACACUUGGCAUUAGAGCUGUUUUACGGAUGCUUUAGAACAAAAGUAUUUGGGAAACAUUUUCAGUGGAAAAGAUGCAAACAAAAACUGUAAUAUUACAUUUUAAUAGCAAAUAUAAACUCAGAACUUUAAAGUUACAUCUGUUUUUUGAUUCACGCAAAGGCCUGUUUGCUGAAAUGGUGUAGAAACGACGACAUCCCCGCAUCGAGGAGCGUUUCUCUAACCCAGAUCUUGCUUUCUAAACACCGCGCCGCACCAGAAGGAACCAGGGCCCCUCCCAGAAACCACCAACUCCUUAUCUCAGGCCCGGGAAGCACACCUUGGGUCUGUGCUGAGAACCUGAAACACUCAGAUGAGUG